AUUAUUUAGUGCCACUUAAUGACCUUUUCUGUAAUAUAAAUACGACUGUACAGCUUGAAAAUGAAGUCGUUGAAAAGAAAUUUCUUCGCUGAACAAAAACUGUGUUUUUACUUAUGAAUAAAUGGGUAUUUUUCGUGAUUUAAAAGCGUGCAAGGACCGAUUGACAGUAAAGGGACUUAGUGAGUUUCUUCGAUAUUCUGUCAAGCUUGCGGAAGCGAAUGCUAAUUCUGAUACUCUCAAAAGCUGCAUUAAGAAUGGUGAAUAUCCUAAAUUUUACUGGAAAAUUUUACGCCGUAAUCAUAUUUAUCCUAACGGUCGAACUCUUAAACGUCAUACUUUGAACCUGAUCGAUGCCAUACAAACACGUCUCCCUGAACUUGAGAAUAACGUAUCUCAACGUAUGCAUUUUUUGUUUGAACUAACAGAGACAGAACGUAGCCUUUUCCAGG